UACAAAAUAUCUUUUUUUAUAUAACAUCUUUAGUUGAAUUUGAAGGUGCAACAUGACUUCUUUCAAGAAUUUCCUCUUUGUUUUCUUUAUUGCUUUUGCAUUUUCAGGCAUAGACGUUGGACUAGCUGCUCGAAAUCUUCUGCAAAUGCCACCAUUACCCUCCGUGCCAAGUUUGCCAAAGCCUACAUUGCCACCACUGCCAAGUAUUCCAUCUCUUCCACAGCCUACAUUGCCAACAACCCAACCUUCUCUGCCUAAACAAACACUCCCUUCACUUCCUAGUUUGCCCACCAUGCCUACUCUUCCAAAGGUUACUUUGCCUCCAUUGCCAAGCAUGCCUUCAAUCCCCACUAUUCCAACUACAAUUCCCUCUAUUCCUUUCCUCUCCCCACCACCAGCUGGGAACUAAAUAUCCUUCAUGUUGUUAUCUUCUUUACUUUAUGGUCGGUUUGCAGAGUACUAGAUAUUGAGCUAUAUACAUCUAUGUACUAGUGUAUUAUAGUGUGUUUUUAUUUUAUUUUAUUUGUAGUCACUUCGGCAGAGUUAUUUGUGACACAUAAUAGCUUGUUAUUCAUUUAUUUCUUUUAAUAUAUUUUUUUGUGUUUGUAUUGUUCUUAUGAUUAUUACAUUUAUUUCUUUUGCUCCAAUUGUGGUUUUCUUUUUCCAUUUAAACAUCAUAUCAAAACCAUAAAUAUUUUACAAUAAUAAUGAACCUUAGCUGGGUAAAUUGUAAAUUGGGAGUUCUAGUUUAAGUCGCAUCUCGAUUACUAAAGAAAAAUUGAAACAACAUCUCAACAAUCUAAUAUGUGUUUUCCUUGGAUUGAAAGAAGUGCACAUAUAGUUGGACAUAGUGAAAGGUUUUAUGCAAUCUUAUGCACUGAAAGCAUAUCUCUGAUAUGUAAAAUAAGAUCAAAACCCAAUUCAUUUAUAUGAUUUAUUUUCAGGUUAUUAAUUCAUCAAAGUAUUUGCUCGUAUAUUAGCCAC